CUCGCGUCCACCUCACAGCGUCCAAGUCAAGCGAAGGGUGCACCCACCGGCGCUAUGCCUGCUAAUAGAGUCAUUUACGGCCCUAUUGCCAUUAAAAAGCGUCGGCUGUAAAGGUUUUUACCGCACGGCGAGUGAAAAGAAGACAUAUGCGUGGAGACAGUCGCCGUUGUUGUUCUUCUCCGUUUUAUCCGCGAGCUCGUCGGACGGGACAGCCGAGCGUCGAGUGAGAUUCCCGACCCAUACUGCCACCGUCCUCCUCCGCCGAGAGAUGCUGCCCCGCCUGCGGGGAGUCCUGCGGCCCGUCCUCUACCUGAGAGCCGGGAGGGGGCCGCUCCGAGCCGGACCCUCUGUGUCCGUCCCGGGUGUGUCGACCGCAGAGCUUCCGCCCUCCGCGCUGUUUCAACGGCGUCACCUCGGCACACACCCGCUGAAGGAGCCCGUGGAGCCCCUCAACUCGCCCCGCGGAGCGAAGGAGUUUAUUUAUAGCCUCCAUCCGUCUGAGCGAACCUGCCUGCUGCGGGAACUGCACCGGUUCGAGUCCAUUGCCAUAGCUCAAGGGCAGCUUGACAUUGCGCCACCGACUGCAGCACAGUUAAGAUAUGUUCUCCUGCACAAUGCGCUUCCUUUUGUUGGAUUUGGAUUUCUGGACAACUGUAUCAUGAUUGUUGCCGGUACACAGAUUGAGUUGUCCAUCGGCGUGAUCCUUGGCAUUUCUACUAUGGCAGCUGCUGCUCUCGGCAACUUGGUGUCUGAUCUGGCAGGACUCGGGCUGGCAGGUUAUGUGGAGGCUUUGGCAUCUCGACUUGGGAUGCAGAUUCCUGACCUGAGUCCGAAGCAGGCCGACAUGUGGCAGACAAGAGUCAGCUCCCACUCGGGCAAAGCCAUCGGCGUCGGCAUCGGCUGCAUCCUGGGAAUGUUCCCUCUGCUCUUCUUCAACGACGACGACAACAAGAAAGACGCCAACAAGGACGCCAACAAGGAGAAGAUGCAAAUGGGCGCUGCCGCACACGACAACAAGUGAUCUGAAGUGAACUUACACUUUGGACCCAUGGACCCAAAAAAAAUUUAAUAAAUAAAAUAAAAUAAAAUAACUCAAGAUUUAAGAUCUUAUUGAAGAGCUUCAUGAAAGUGAAGCACAUGGACGUCUCCUCCAGACAUCAUCAUCAUCAUCAUCAUCAUCAUCAUCUUCAUCUUGCUGCUCUUCACCACACUAAACAGGCGUCCUUGUUCUCUCCCUGUCGUCACGUUGCGUCACUACAACAGUGGCGGCUUCAUUCCAUCAAUUCCUGACGUGACCCCGAAAGACAAGCCCGCUUGCCGACUCUCCGUGAGACGAGCAACAUGCAAAUUUGCGUCAAGCGCGUGCAAAGCAAAACGAAAAAUCCGGUCACCUGCCACCAGUUCAAAACCACCAAUCAGCUGCUACACCUGACAACGAUGACGUAACACUGACAUAUGUCUCGUGUGUCUAUAGGACUGAAGGAGAUAGAUUUGAUUUUGACUAACAUGGGACUUUAAUUUAUCAUCAUGCUUUAUGAUUUAGCAGCUUAGAAAUAUCAUUUUAAAGACCUCAAAUAUUUGAAGUAUUUAACUUUUUGUUGUUUGUUUUCAAUGUUGUUGAUAUGAUGUAUUUGUAUAUAUUCCCAAAAAAUUAUUGAGACAAGCCCCAUUAUUUGACAAAAAAAAAAAAAAAAGUAUACACAGUAUCCUGAAAUAGUUCACCACAAAACUUUAUUGUGUUGUGUGACUGGCAGCAGCUUAAUUUUACAAUCUCCCAUCUAGUGGAAGAGCAUUUUAAUUGUUCUGCUUGACACUAUAUGUUUCUGGCAUAGAUAGAUAAUGACAAUUUUUUUUAUUUUUUUUUGUAGUCAAUAAAUAAUUUCUUAUGCACUACAUUGUUUGUCUACUACACUCUACUGGUUAAAAGUUUUCUGACCACAUUAUUAGGUACACUCACAACGCUCUCAUGAGAUCCAAUCCAACAGCUGCAUGAACAAUUAUUACCUUACAAAAGAUAAUAAUGCUCACUUUUGUAUUAAAAAAAAAAAAAAGUUUAUUUUUGUGUAAAUGUAAUCCGACAUCCUACCAAAAAGGUUUCUAAUAAUUUGUCCCUCUCGUGCAGCUCAAUAAAUAUUAGAAAUACUUGUCAUUCACAGCUGAGCAUUUUUAUUAUUGUUAACAGAUUGUGUACCUGUUUUAAAAAAAAAAAAGAAAAGCAAUUUUGCAGUUUUAAAAUGUAUUUUUUGUUUAAUAGUUGACUUUUUGUUUUGCUUCCAUUGCCUCUCAAAAUGGGAGACUGGUGUGAACUCGAUGUGGGUUUUCUCCCUCUACAUUCUCCAUAGACAUCUUUAAUUUGUUUAUAGCUUCUUUGCUUUACAUUUUACUUACCACCUAUAGCUCUUCUCUGUCUGUUUUUUUUUUUUUAUUUAAGGCUGUUUAUUUGUUAACAUCCCAAAAGAAACGGUUUGUUUUACCUUUACCUUGGUUGUGAUUGUUUGACCUCCACAUGGCACAUGCAUGCACUUGGAUACGCCGGUCCUGUUUUUGUUCCUUCAAGUUGACUGAAAGAUGUUCUCAGAUGAAGUUACAGCUAGACAAAAAGGUGCAAAUUCAAGCUUUAUUAGUUUGGGAAAUAAUGUACUACUAUGUAAAAUAAGAUUAACAAAGCACACAAAGUGAGUUGCAUGGAAAUGACUGUCAGGUUCAGUUUCAACCCUAAGAUCAAAUAAGAAAGUCGAGUCCCAUCCAUUUUUACUCUUCUUAUGCUGUAUUUAACUUUAUUUUGGUUGUACUUGAUGUCAUCUUAUUUAUAGAGAAGCAACUGUAACAUGACUGGAAGAGCACUAUUGAAUAGGAAUUAUGAUGCGUACACGACAACGGUCUUGACGACUGUUAUUUUGUAGGAGCUUUAGAAAUGCAUGUACCAGAUUGUAUUAUUUGUUUAUUUUGAAUUUUAGAAGUGGUCAUAAACCACAUGCUAAUCCAAGCAUGGGUGUUAAGGAUUUCUUUUUCACUUUGAUCUGCUUUUAUUAAACUCUUAAACAUUCAA